AUGGACUCAGCGUCAGCAUCCGCACCAACGGACGACGAUGUUUACGACUAUCUGGCGGAACCGAAUGAAAACUUGGUCUGCCCAAUCUGCCGGAGCCCGUUCAUCGAUCCCGUAAUGUGCGAAUCGACCGACCACGUCUUCUGUCGAAUAUGUCUAAUAAAAUCCUUAGAAGUCUCUCCAACUUGUCCGAUCGAUCGUCUACCACUAUCUCUUUCACUCGUCAGCCCAGCCCCCAAGAUUAUCAAUAAGCUGGUCGAUGAACUUCUGGUGUCUUGUCCCUUCAAGUCUAAACUUGGCUGUCCGUUCGUCUGUCAACGCGACCUCAUAGCCGCACACCUUCGCUCCCAUCAAGCUCAAAUCGAUCAUCCAAAUUUGGGUUCAUCUAUCUCACAGGAGCAAGAUUCCCCACUUUAUACUGGAACUUUUGCUCAAGAAGCUCCGCCCGAUCAACACCCUUCAUCCAUAUCAUCCAAUCAAUUGAGAUUUGAAUGGAUCUCCGGUCGAGCUACGUUGGUACUUCAUCCCCAAGAUCGCCCUUCCCCGUCUCUCACUCACACGAUCUCGACAGUCACCUCAACGGAAAAUGAACCCGAGUUGAGCCAUUGUCCAUUUGAGAGGUUUGGGUGCUCGUUUGUGGGAACACCUGAAGUCAUCAACCAUCAGCACUUGACUGCGGCCUCAGAAUCAUCGGUUCCGGAUGAUGGCUCUCCUUGCCCAUUCUUACACGUUCAAGAGAUUCUAUACUGGUUUGAACACUUGGAAGCGAGGAACGUCGAAUUGAAAGAACAGCUCUCACAGUCGCUGGUCCAACGCAGCGAGCUCGCAUCCGUCCUAGACAGCCUAAAGGCUAGUUUCCGCCAGCUAUGGCUCUCUCAGCAAUCUGCCGAUCGCAACCUGCCCUUGAAUCCGCCUACACACUCCUCGCUCCCAUUCGCACCUAGCCCACUGGCCUCCGCCUUCCCCCCUCCAGGAUACCCAGACGAACUUUCUCCCACCCCACAGUCCAAUCAGUCAACAAUGAUUCCCGAUCCUAGCAGCCCGACCCGAAGAUCUUCCGAUAGCUUCCUUCACAUGAACAGCUCCCGCAUGAAUUACGAUAGUCUCAACGGUCAUCGUCUCAAACAUUUCGAAUAUUAUCCAUCCGCAUGUCCCAGCCAGUUUUACCGUGCCCUUGGGUCGCCAUCCUCCUCAUCGAAAAUGAAGAUCAGGGUCUCUUCCUUCCAGCGAAGGGGUGAAAUCGUUACUCCCGCAACUGAUACGCUUGAAAAUAAUUUAAUCCAGCCGCUUCAUGAAUCUUCACUGGGGGCACCAUCCCAACAGCGAACUUGCAUUUCUUCACCGAUUGGACAGCCGACUGUCCCUCCCAGACACCCCGUUUUACCCGAUCCUGUAGUCAAAUCAUCUUCUGCGUCCUCUGUCUUCAAUAUCCAGUCCGCCAGUGAUGCUGAGAGAGAAAACUCAAAUAAACAUUACGAUAGACAUCCUCACUUGUCCAAACAAGUCAGUAUUCGUCAAGCAACUCUCCUAUCCAAGACCAUCUCUCAAGCACCACUAUCAGAACCUACCAAUGCAGGCCUAUUGAGCCGCAAAAUCGGCGAAUUAAUUGACACCAUCCAAACCUCGUUAAGGGCUUGGAAUCCUCAUUGCCCAAUUGCUUUACCUAACGACCUCGGUGCCAGUGAUCGGCCGGCCGCGGAAAGGAGAAGGGGGAUGAAUGGACGAGCCGAUGAGACUCUUGUGUGCGACUCGACGCCUACCGAUCGGGCCGAUGAGACCAAGUGGAUCGUCCCGAGUGACCGCCCGAGCGUGUUGAGCAGCUUGGAACAAAUCGAAAAGCUGAUGGGCAAUCUAAUUCAGCAAGGCCCACCCAGCCAAUCGUCUACGAAGAGCUUCUUAGAAAACUCCUCGAAUCGGACUUCUGAGCCCUCUUUUGAGUCUUCCUCAUCUUCUAGCUCUUCCUCAUCUUCAUCCGCUCCUGCUCCUUCCUCGGCCAUCUCUCUCAAGCAACACCCUCCUUCAUCUACCUCUUGCUCACACUCAAAUAGCUUUCUUGAUGACUUCCAAUCUCCUCCAGGCCCUUCUCAUUGCUCCGCCAGCUCCUAUCCUUCCUCGAUCAGACCCAUGAAACUUUAA